GUGUUACUAAAUUGUAGAUUUUCAGUUCGUAUGAAUUUAACUGUGUUUUUCUAAACAGGGAAAUGUGAGGCGCGAGAUAACAUUUGCUGGACACUAAAGUCUUUGUAUACCGUUUGUUUUGAAAAACGUUUGCGCGUGACCUCUGUUAAGUUACUAAACCGCUUGUGUAACACUGCGUUUUGGCUGGCAACGUUAAAGUCAUGUGCUAAACGUUGUGACUGUUAGCUUACUUAGCUAUAUCUGCGUAGCUACCUAGCUAGUUAGUAGCCGGUGUAGCUAAUCGCGGGUUCGCCGUUGAGGUUGGUUCAGUGCUUUUGCAGAUGUUUAACGUUAACAAAGUGAGAAUAUGUUUGACCUUUUUGCCCAGUUGUGUAAAUUCAAGGGUGGCAGUAAGAGUGCCACCAGCCCUCCGCAGACACCAGCAUCGCAACUUCAGCUCUGAGUCUGCAGAUGUCAAGGUGCUGUAUGAUGGGCUUUGUCCUAUAUGUGUGACAGAAAUCCGUUUCCUCCAGUUUCUGCAGAGGAACCACCCUGGGAAAGUAAAUUUUAUCGAUAUCUCCAAGCCAGGAUAUGAUGGAGCAAAAUACAAGGACAUUAGUUAUGAGAUGGCCAUGGAGGAAAUGCAUGUAAUUGAUGAGAAAGACGAGGUUCACUGUGGGAUCCCAGCAUUUGCAGUCAUGUACAGUGCAGUGGGCCUUGGCUGGUUGGGCCGCUUAAUGAUGUCACCACUUUUGAGACCAUUUAUGGACAAGUCCUAUGCCAUCUUCGCCAGGAACCGCUUAAAGUGGACUGGACGUGGGGAGGAGUGCACCACAGGACGGUGUGAAAAGAAAAGACACUGACUUGAACACAGAAAAAAUAACAAGUUAAUUGAUGAACUGGAUGAAUACGACAUGGUUUGUCCUGUUUAACCAUUGGUUUAUUAUAAACCCUUUCUGGAAAAGUUUGAAGACAAAGAUUAAAUAUGUAUGUUGUGAAACCAUAA